GAGAGAGAGAGAGAGAGAGAGAGAGAGAGAGUUGAGUGAGAGAUGAAAAGCAUGCUAAGCGAGAGAGAAGCACUCACACUGAAGGAGGCAGAGGCAACAGCUCCAGCAACAGCACGCUCCUUUCCCAUCCUCCCUUUCCUCUCUCAUAAUCCCACAUCCACGCCGAGGGAGAUGGAGGGCACCCAGACCCGCUGAGGAGCACUGUUUAGAGGAGAGGAAAGCUCACAUGACCCCCUCCCCCAUCCCCUCCUGUGAGUGUCCGGAUCAUAUUUUUGGGACAAUAACCAACGAGGACUGAACCGGGGGUGUGUACACAAGCGAGCCUGCUGGCAGGAGGGAAAAGAAGGCAGGGAAAAGAGGGGGGGGGGAUGAGAGGAAGGUUCGGUACAGCUGCUGAUGCCCGGGUCUGCGAGUGAGACCGAGACAGACUGAGGAGGGGAGGGCGGCACAUGUGGAGCAGUGUCAACUCGUGGGCCCAAGACGAGGGGAAAGAAGAUUCACAUACGCACACAGCUGGACAGAUGAGGAGACAUCAGGGACCACGCUUCAGUCCUGGGUGUGUGGUGUACUGACCCUGCCUGUGACAGGCAAGGAGUCAGAGGGCCAGGGCCAUGAUUGGCUCUCCUGGCUCUGCUGGGUGUGCCUUAGUGCCAUGGCCGAGGAUGUGGCAAUGGGUCCUGGCUGCUUCUCUGGUUGCCGUGAUAACCUUGACGCUGCCAGGAAGAGGCCAGGCCUGUCCACCACGGUGCGAGUGCUCGGCUCAGCUGAGGUCGGUGUCGUGCCAGCGGCGGCGCCUCAUCAACAUCCCGGAGGGCAUCCCCACGGAGACACAACUCCUGGACCUCAGCAAGAACCGGCUCCGCUGGGUGCAAGCAGGGGACCUGGCACCGUACCCGCGGCUGGAGGAGGUGGACCUCAGUGAGAACCUUAUCGCCACAUUAGAGCCCAAUGCCUUCGCCACCCUCCAGAGUCUUAAAGUGUUGAAGUUGAGGGGAAACCAGCUGAAGUUAGUGCCCAUGGGGGCUUUCGCCAAGCUGGGCAAUCUGACCAGCCUGGACCUGAGCGAGAACAAGAUGGUGAUUUUAUUGGACUACACCUUCCAGGAUCUGAGGAGUCUGAAACAUCUGGAGGUGGGAGACAACGACCUGGUUUAUAUCUCCCACAAGGCGUUCUCAGGGCUGCUGGGGCUGGAGGAUCUCACAAUAGAGCGCUGCAACCUGACAUCCAUCUCUGGCCAGACGCUGUCCUACCUGCGCAGCCUGGUCACCCUUCGCCUCCGUCAUCUCAGCAUUAUUGCCCUGGAGGACCAGAACUUCCGAAAGCUCUCCAACCUGCGGGGUCUGGACAUUGAUCACUGGCCGUACCUGGAGUACAUCUCACCUGUUAGUUUCCAGGGCCUGGACCUCCACUGGCUCUCCAUCACCAACACCAACAUCACCUCUGUCCCCUCUGCUUCCUUCAAGAACCUGGUGCACCUCACACACCUCAACUUGUCCUACAAUCCCAUCAGCACACUAGAGCCCUGGGCCUUCAAGGACCUGCUGAGGCUGAAGGAGCUCAUCAUGGUAAGCACAGGGUUGAUGACAGUGGAGCUCCAUGCCUUUGGAGGCCUUCGACAGAUCCGAGUUCUCAACUUCUCCUCCAACGACCUGCAAACUCUGGAAGAGGGCUCCUUCCACUCUGUCAACAGUCUGGAGACCCUCAGAGUGGAUGGGAACCCCCUGAUGUGUGACUGCCGUCUGUUGUGGAUCCUGCAAAGACGCAAGACCCUCAACUUUGACGGCAGAGUGCCGGUGUGUGCGGGGCCGGUGGAGGUGCAAGGGGUCAGCCUCAGCGCCUUCACCGAUUCUGCACUCUUCGAUCACUUUACAUGCCAGAAACCUAAGAUACGCAACCGUAAGAUGCAGCAGGUGAUCGCUCGUGAGGGCCAACCUGUGAGUUUUCUGUGUCGAGCUGAAGGAGAACCUGCACCCGCUAUUGUCUGGAUUUCACCACAGCGCAGACGGAUCACAGCCAAGAGUUCAGGGCGCAUUACCGUUCUCCCUAGCGGCACCCUGGAGAUCCGCUACGCCCAGCUUACCGACAGCGGAACAUACAUCUGCAUCGCCAGUAACGCCGGAGGCAAUGACACCUACUUUGCCACACUCACGGUGCGUGGCCAGCCGCUGGAUGCCGCCUCAGCCUUCUUUCUCAACCGCUCGCUGUACAGCGGCGAGUUCUUCAACGACACAAAUCUGAACAGCACGCGCGUUUAUCUUAAGUUCACCUUGGACCUGACCACCAUCUUGGUCUCCACAGCAAUGGGUUGCAUCACGUUCCUGGGCGUGGUUCUCUUCUGUUUCCUGCUGUUGUUCGUGUGGAGCCGUGGACGUGGGCAACGCAAGAACAACUUCACAGUGGAGUACUCCUUCCGGAAAUCUGAACCCGUCACCGGCAGCUCCUCGGGAGGGACCAGGAAGUUCAACAUGAAAAUGAUAUGAAACAACGCAGCCAGGGGUCGCUCGGGGGAGGCAUGAGCACGUCCCAAAAAACGUGUUUGACACACGCAAACGCACACAGCCACUGACUCGCAAAGAAGUGUGAAAUCCCAAUAUAAGAUCCUGUCUAUUAUAGCUCUAUUCAAAAGUCCACAUCAAAAACACGCCAUGACACGAUUUGAUUUAAUUUCUAAAUGAAAACAAAAUAAUACCGAUCUCUUGGCCUCUCGAUGGUUUUAUAUUCAGCUUGCGGUGAAAAAGAUGUUUGAAUGAUACUGUAAAGAACUACAGUAUUAAUAGACUUCAAAGAGCUACCGUCCAUGCUUGAUAAGAAUAAUAGAGGAGAUAAGUUUUGGAAAUUGGCAUGAAUACUGAGCCGUGGGAAACCGGUAGCCCUGUCUCUUUGUUCCAGUAAUGAGAUAAUAAAAAAGAUUUCCUUUUUCAUUUAAAAUGUCCCUUUACUGUGUUGUGUGCAGUCCGGGAUUUUAAAAGAUAUGUGAUGAAGAGACCUGGCUACCAUCCAGUAAUAUCAUUUGCAGCCAUGCUCUUCUAAAGUCUGCCUUGUUAGGAAUCAUGCAUGUAGAAAUUUACGGAAAAAUCAAUUGAGAGUUAAGUUGUAAGUUCAUACCACCAAAUAAAACAAAUUGUUUUGAAAGACAGUUUGAAUCUGUUUUUCUAUAGAAUAUUUAACAGCCUCCUUCAUCUGUUCUGACCUUGGCUGAACCAUGAGGGUUCUCCAUUGACAUUAUCAUAUGGAUGUAAAAUAUGAACUGAUGUUAUCGGAUAAGAAGGACUGGAUUUGGACCAUUCAUAUAAAUGACAAAUAGACAAAAGAUUUGGCCUUUUUCCUCUUCGUCAGAUUUUGCGACAACGUUAGCUGUGUGAGUUUGGGACGAGCGCACUGGCCGAGAGCUGCCCGUGGCCCGGAGGGUUUGGUUAGGAAGUCAAGCCCACCGGACACGGGCAGCCACAGUAACCGUAGCAACCAACACAACAGAGAGCAAUUGGGACUGGGCUCGAGGCCAUAGGAGGGUCGCUGGGUAGAAGGCGAGGGAGAUAAAGAGGCCCCUACAUCACAAGCCCUCUGCUGUGUUGGUGGCCGCUUGACCUUCCCAGCGCUGCCCGGGGGGAGCAGCCCGGUGAGUUGGGUCAUACUCAGAGGCAAACAGAGGGCACACAGUCACACUGUCGGGGGCUUCAAUCUCACACAUCCACUCACUCCAGUAGUGGAAAACACAUAACACAGCAACAUAUGAAUAGCACCUUUCCUCAGGAAAAGUGAGCCUACGUAACCACACACACAUGCUCUGUUCAAAUAUAACAUUCCAGCAAUACUGUACGUAUUUAGAGCCAUAAAGCCAAAAUGAAUUCUCUAAGAGAGAAAUUGUGUAAAUGUCUGAGUGACGAAAAUAAGCCAUAGUAUGUGUAGGUUGUUUUUUAUAUAGUAGCGUGUGCAUGAUUCAGUUAUAUAAUGAUAUUUACUGCUACUGCCAUUGUGUUGUGAUGAUCAUAGGACCAUCUGCUGUCGCUGGGCUUGCAUAAAAUUGCACUUCAUAACACACACACAUAAACACACAUAUAAAAGUGAAGGUUGUUUGGAUUGAUAGGAACAAGAAUCACAGUUACACAUGAAUAAAUGCACGAAUUGAUGAAGCACCAUAGCAACUGACUGCUCUCUCUCUGCCUCUGAGACGGUCGGUGCGCGAAUGUCUCUGCCCCCCUAGCCCAGUGCAUCCCCCCUCCUCACCCCCAACCCCCUCACCCCCACCCCCACUGGGUCCUCCUUUGGGAGGGGUCCCUGGCUGGAGACCAAGGAUUCAAAUGUAAAUGAAGUCGUGUUAACCCUACCCACGCCAUGUGUAUCGUAUAGUGGAGAGUAGUACUGUGGUUUAAAAAAAAUAAUAAUAAUAACAAAAACUUUAUUUGAAGUGUUCUGUUACUUCUUGUUUUCAUUUCCUCAGUUGUUGUUCUCCGUGACCUUUUGGCUGUUUACUGUUUUAACGUUCCCCGUCCUCCGUGUGGGACUGUUCUGUUCUCAACACCCAAUAAAGUCCCCAUGUCAAAUGGAAUGGCAUCAAGAAAUGAGAUCUGAUCUAAAGCAGUGGUUCCUAACUGAAUAGAUGACCUUUUCUCGAGUUGAUGUGCAAGCUUUUCCUAAGUAAGCCUAUAAUUAAAAGUAUUUAUCAUCUGCUGCACCAUGCAAACUAGCUCUUACAUUGAGAUUAGUUGUUUACACACAGUAACAGUCGGGCUUUAACUGUUGCAUAACUAACUGACCCAGCUAAUGCUAGCUAACAGAUGACCCGUUCACAUUGAAGAGUAAAGGGAAUAUGGUCGACAUAUUUGACUUGACACUUGAUCAAUUUGCUGUUUACUUAUAAGGUAAAUUGGGAAUAUUUUAGCAAUAUCCCUCAAGUUACUAAACAGUAUGCCAAUUAUGUAACAGUAGUAUAAUCAAAGAUUUCGGCGUCAUUUGAAACUGCACGAAUACUACUAACUCUCAUCUCAAUUUACAAAGGACUAGCAGUUAAGUUAAAUGUUUGUUUUUUUAUUUUUGAAACUGACUCAAAAAGAGGUUUGCAGACGUGUGGUUUGUUUUAUUGACAAGAAGCGCAGUUUAACAUUUGAAAUCAGUUUUAUAGUGUCCAAGAAAUAGUCUACACAAAGACAUUAAGUCACGUUUUUUGCCUCAAGACAGCCUUGCGCGCACACAUUGCACACAUUGAGAGCUACUAAUUGAUACUGUCUGUCCUGGCUCUUGCUUAAUGUUAUUUAAAGAGUCUUUCUUAAUGUCCUCAGAUUCUUUGGCCUGAUAUUCUAUUUUCAGUCUGUUAUUUAUGUUCAAAGUUCCCUGGAGAUGUCAGGGGACAUUUGUUUGGCAGGGGACAUUUUAGACUAGCAUAAUGACUUUUGGUUUUGUACACCACAAAGUCAAACUGAGGGUGUUUUUAAACUAUUAAAACACACUAUGAAACCAGCUAGUUAAAGGACUACGCCACCGUUUCUUGAAACAGCGCUAAUCUCGGUUUCGCCCACGCGCCCAUGUAGCCGUGCUUCGACUGUGCUUCCACCCAAUAUAGUCCCAAGUCAAUAUCUUCCUAGGAAAUGGUCUAGUCUUAAUCUGCAUUGCUAUCUGUACUCGUUGUGAAUACGCAAGCCACAAGAAGUAAUUAGGUUCUUAUUGUUGUUUUGUUGGCUCACUUUUACUCACAACAUGUUAACCGGCCACAUAUAGGAUUCCAUUCACUACGCUAAGCUAACUAGCGGCAACGCUGGCAGUGUUGCACCGGACUAAAACCAUGCAUGCACUGAGACAAAAAAAUCCAUUGGCCCCCCCUAUCUCCAGCUAGGGGAGACAGUGAUAAACCCUAUUUCAACAAACGGUGGCGUGUUCCCACACAAACUUUAUGAUGGAUUUACUCAUGUCAUGAGGAGUACACAUCAUUUUUAGGGUCGUACUGUAAAAAGUUAGGAACCACUGAUCUAAAGCACUGUAUGAAGACAAGUUUACAGUUUGGAAAAUAAUUUGCCCCAAAGAAUUCUGAAAAGUUUUGCAAAAGAAAUCCUGCAAACUCCAUUUUAGUCCCCUGUGAGGGAUGACCCAACCAUGGCUUUUGUGUCAGGAUGAAUAACUCAACGGCUGAUUCACGAGGCCAAAUUCUUUUGUUUUUUUGUUUUUUGAACACCGCCUUUAACAGCGUCAGCGGCCAUUUUUGUGUUGAGAACAGGACGUCGCCUUUGUGGACGUCCCCUAUCCCUGAUCUGACCCUUUUGUGUUUCCAUUCCCCGGUAUUUCUCAGUGAAAACUAGGCUUAGAAGACAAUGAGAAUGUCUGUAGUGAUUGUCGAUGGUGUUAUUGUGCAAACAUCAAUCACAAAUGUAAGCGUAGAUGAGGGUGUUUUUUUCGUUGUAUUAUCUUCUUUUCCUCCCUUUUCUACCCUCCUUCUCUUCCUGUUCCCUGUCUUCUUAACAUUUCCAACCCUCGCUGUCCCUGUUCACAGUAUUAGGCUGGAUUAUGGUUGUGUGGUAGUAGACACGUGUUCUCUGUGGUCGCUGAGUCAGUGUUGUCGUGUUAGGAUUUCUUGCUCCUCGUGAUGCCAUCGAACACGGAGCAGCGAUAGGACCAGUGGAGACAAAAGAUGAAAGGGGUGACCCAGGUACCCUAAAAAAAAACAAAAAAACAU